GACUUGACUAUUUUUAUUUGUAUCGAAUCAUUUCACCCGAUUUCCCAAGAGCCAACAAGGCCCAGCCCAUACGGAAGAGGAAGAGCCGGACGUGAGGCAUCGUCUAAGGGACUCUUUAAGUUGAUAUGAUGAAACGGCGACAAAAGAGGAAACAUCUGGAAAAUGAAGGGUCCCAGGAAACUGCCGAGCAGGGAGGAGGAAUCUUGAAGCCACAAGAGGGUGCCCCUCAGCGUGGAUCCACUGUGGUGGCCCCGAGCUGCAGCCCAGGAGUGGGGGAGGUCUCUUCUGCCUCCGAAUACUUCUCCUGUGUUUCUUCUCCUUGCAAGCUCAUCCAUGGCGGAAUCCGGAGGUUACAUCGAGACAGUCCUCAGCUUAGAGCACCCCUGGUCCAGGUUGGGGAACAAGGGGCGCCUGCUCCCCUGUCACAACACAUCUCCUUCUCAUCCCCUUCAUCCUAUAAGACCUGUGUGUCCUCUCCAUAUGUAAACAAAGAGGAAAGGGGCCUGAAAAUAUACUACAUGCAGGUACAAAUGAAGAAGGGUGUUGCUAUCUCCUGGGAGACCGAGAAACCCUCAGAGUCCCUAGAAAAGCAGCCAAGGAUGGAAGAAGUGACCCUUCCUGGGGAUGUGCGGGUUGGCACUCCCCCUUCCGAUGUGUCCACCAGGAACCUCCUGUCUGAUGGCGAGCCCAACGGUGAGGAGAAGGAGCAUGAGGAGAGGGCAGAGUCAGACAGCCUACCGGGGUCCCCCGCAGGGGAGGAAAGACCCCGGGCCAAGACACCUGACUGGCUGGUCACCAUGGAGACUGGCUUCAGGUGCAUGGCCUGCUGCCGGGUCUUCUCCACCCUGGAGAGCCUCCAGGAGCACGUGCAGUAUGGCAUCCGGGAGGGCUUCAGUUGCCAUGUCUUUCACCUCACCAUGGCUCAGCUGGCAGGCCACUUGGAGUCAGAGAUCACCCCCGAGGAGGAGGUGGAGGAAGAGGCAGAGGAGGAAGAGCAGGAGAAAAAAGAAGAGAAGCAAGAAGAGAAGGAGCAUGAGGAAGAGCAGCCCGCAGGUGAAGAUCUCACCAGGAAGAGACCCUGGAGUCAGUGCCCAGGCUGUGUGUUUCAUUCUCCAAAGGACAGGAACAACUGAGAUUCAUGGGCCAGAAGAUCCUAGAACAUGGUGUGGCCUUCUCUUGGAGAGGGAGAAGAGAGGGCCCUGGGGCCAGCAGCAGGCAGAAUGCCAGUGGCCCGAAGGAGGAUGAAGGGACCAGCGUUCAGUCUAACAUCCUUUGACAAUAUGAAUAUCAUAUAAAUAUCACAUGCAAU